AUCGAAGAUCAUCAGGAUACGAAUAAAUAAAAUUAUUCAUAUUAAAGUGAGAUUAAAAUUAAGAAAAUGGAAGUUUCUUCUUCAGUACUGGAGCAAGACAGUACUACUCCACCCCCUACUGAUCAUCCUCCUCAUCAUUCUUCAACUAAAAAACUAGGAGGAUGGAAAUCUAUCGCCUACAUAAUUGGGAACGAAUCCUUUGAGAAGUUGGCAUCGAUGAGCUUGAUAUCCAAUAUGGCAGUUUACCUGAUGACAGAAUACAACUUGAGAGGUAUAUUUGUUGUAAAUGUGGUUAACAUCUGGUAUGGAACCUCCAACAUUGCAUCAAUUGCAGGCGCUUUCAUUUCUGAUGCUUAUCUAGGCAGGUUUCAUACAAUCCUCUUAGGUUCCGUUGCGUCUCUUCUGGGUAUGGGGACCAUGACCCUAACUGCAGCUCUACAUCAGUUAAGACCCUCCACCUGCAACGGGCAAUCCCAAUGCCCAAAGCCCCAAAGUUGGCAGCUAGCCUUCCUCUUCAUGGCUCUAGCAAUGCUAUCCUUGGGUGCAGGCGGCAUCAGGCCCUGUAACAUAGCCUUUGGAGCUGAUCAAUUUGACACCCAGACCAAGAAAGGAAGAGCACAAUUAGAAAGCUUCUUCAAUUGGUGGUAUUUCUCCUUCACAGUUGCUCUCAUUGUGGCCCUCACUGCUGUUGUCUACAUUCAGACUAACGUCAGCUGGGCUUUAGGCUUUGCCAUUCCUACUGUCUGCCUUUGUGUUUCCAUAGCCAUUUUCUUGACCGGCCGCCACACUUACAUCUACAAGAAGCCUGAUGGAAACAUCUUCGCAGAUUUGGCCAAGGUGAUCAUAGCUGCCUGUCGGAAGCAUCGGCUAACUGCCGGACCAGCCUCCGAACACUCAUUUUAUGAUCCUCCCAUGAAGGGAUCAGAGUUGUUGACAAUAAGGCUUGUUCAUACAGACAGGUUUUUGUUCCUUGACAAGGCUGCUAUAAUUGCAGAACCAAGUGAAUUGGACAACCAAGGCCGGCCGAGAAAUGGUUGGAAACUUUGUAGCUUGCAGCAUGUGGAACAACUUAAAUGCUUAGUUGCAACUUUGCCAAUAUGGGUAUCAGGUAUUGGUUGUUUCAUGACCAUGGAUCAGCAGAACACGUUUGGGGUCCUUCAACUGAUGCAAAUGGACAGAUCCAUUGGAACCCAUUUCAAGGUUCCACCAGGCUGGAUGAACAUCGCACCCAUGAUUGCACUCUCGAUAUGGAUCUUAAUUUAUGAGCGCGUUUACAUCGUCCAGGCAAAGAAAUUGACAGGAAGGGACAGGAGACUGACGAUGCAGCAGAGAAUAAGUACUGGUAUUGUGAUGUCAAUUCUGUGCAUGUUGGUUGCUGGGGUUAUUGAGAAGAAGCGUCGUGAAGCAGCUUUGAGACAUGGAUCGUUUAUUUCACCUUUAAGUUUUGCAUUGCUCUUGCCGCAGUUUGUCUUGUCUGGUCUGACGGAAGCUUUUGGUGCAGUUGCAAUAAUGGAGUUAUUCACCCUGCAAAUGCCAGAGAGCAUGAGAACUAUGGCUUCAGGAAUCUUCUUUCUCAACUUAUCCAUAUCCAACUACUUCGGAUCCCUUCUUGUCAAUAUCAUCCAUUAUCUGACUUCGAAAAGAGGCAAAUCGCCAUGGUUGGGGGGUCACGAUCUGAACAUGAACAGGCUUGACUACUACUAUUACAUUGUUGCGACCCUCGCAGCUCUAAAUUUUGUGUACUUUACUUUUUUUGCUAGCCGUUUUGUCUCAAGCAGCAAGGUUUGUAGUGGGAAAGGGCAGAUCCCAUUAGAGAGCUCGAUAGACAGCCACCCAUGAAAUUUUUCUGAAAGAGCUAGAACCAGACAAUUAUGAGCUAUGAAGGAUAUACUUGGAGAUCA